CCGCAGACUGUCUAAAACCUGGCCCCACAGGUUUCUGAGUGUGUGUUGUGUCUCAGGUGUGUCGGCAUGUUGGGAGGAGGGCUGGUCAGACAGGUAGGAGGUGGAGUCUGGUUCACCUGGGGAAUUCCUGUGCACUGAUCACGAACACACCUGAGGGAGCAGACAUCAGUCACUUCUCUUUCAUCUCAUCAGACUUCAUGUUUGUCUGAGACUUCAAAAUAAAACACAGUCAAUAAAAUAUGAAAUGAAACAGAACCGGGCUCAGCAGCACAGACAGACAGAGAGACAGAUUGUCUGUCUCUCUGUCUGUCUGUCUCUCUCUGUCUCUUCAGCUCCUCCCAGUCUUUUAUAUUUAAAUGAGGGGGAGUGAGGCGCUCUCACCUGUCUCUCUCUCACCUGAAGCUGAAACAUCAGUCAGUCUGCAGACGGCAGCAUACGAGAGAGGACGACACAGAGCUGGUGAACAGGUGAAGAGGAGGACAGGUGAAGAGGAGGACAGGUGAGGGUGAAGACCUGUUUCAGGACAGACGGGCAGAAAAGGACAAUGAAGGUCUUUGAAGCUUCACAGCCGUCCAGGAUCAGGACAAAGACAUCUGUCCUCUGACCAGCUCUGACCUGAUGAGCCACGAACCUUCUCCAACAUUUCUGUGCUUCGAGCUGACACAACAUGACAGCGAGCAACGCGGGUCGGUGAGGUGGAAUCAAACCCGCGUCAUUGGCGGUACGCAUGCGUGAUGCUGGCGUGUCGCUCCCUGCUGCUCACCUGGCUGCUCACCUGCCUGCUGCUCGCCACCAGAGUCCGAAGCCAGAGCUGGAGACCGUGCACAGACCUGCUGCCUCUUGACCUGCUGGCCCGAGCAUUACCAAACCCAGGACAGGCCCCGCCCACACAGGUGCAGAUGGUUCAGUCCAGAGGCUCCAGAGGUCUCCGAUUGGCCGGUGCCAUGACAACAGCGCUGAGUUUCCCCGCCUCCCAAAUCUUCACCAACUGUGACUACUUCCCUGCUGAGUUCUCAUUGGUCGCCACCAUCAAGACAGCGAGGCUGCGACAGAAGAGCAACGAGUACAUCUUCUCUGUGGUGGACGAAGAAUCUGAUUCGCUGUUGCUCGGGUUACGAAUAUCAGAGAACCGCCUCCACUUCCUGACCACGCCCCCAGGUGUUAGUGGGCGGAGCCGGAUGAGCUUUAACGACGUUGGAUUGGAUGACAACCGCUGGCACACGUUGGUACUGGCCGUCACCGGACCGUACGCCACACUGACUGUCGACUGUGGACUGCCACUGGAGCUUAAACAGGUCCAGUCCUUUCCUGGCGCUCUCAGCACCCGAGGGUCCAAGUUCUUCAUCGGCAGCAGGAGGAGGAUGAGGGGCCGCUUCUCUGGUCUGCUGCGUCAGCUGGUUCUACUUCCUGGUUCAGACGCCCGGCCCAGACUGUGUCCGACCUCUGAACCCGGCCUGGCUGAGCUGUCUGUCCCCCAGGUCCUAAAGUCAACUCUUCUGCAGCCCGACCACCACGGACCGGUUUACCCGUAUGUACCUGAACGUGUGAGUGUGGAGGUGAGCAAGGAGGUGAGUGUGGAGCCGAGCGUGGAGGUGAGCGAGGAGGUGAGCAAGGAGGUGAGUGUGGAGGUGAGUGUGGAGGUGAGCGUGGAGGUGAGCAAGGAGGUGAGUGUGGAGGUGAGCGUGGAAGUGAGUGUGGAGGUGAGUGUGGAGCCGAGCGUGGAGGUGAGUGUGGAGCCAAGCGUGGAGGUGAGCGUGGAAGUGAGUGUGGAGGUGAGUGUGGAGCCGAGCGUGGAGGUGAGCGAGGAGGUGAGUGUGGAGGUGAGUGUGGAGCCGAGCGUGGAGGUGAGCGUGGAAGUGAGUGUGGAGGUGAGUGUGGAGGUGAGUGUGGAAGUGAGUGUGGAGGUGAGUGUGGAGCCGAGCGUGGAGGUGAGCGAGGAGGUGAGCGAGGAGGUGAGUGUGGAGGUGAGCAAGGAGGUAAGUGUGGAGGUGAGUGUGGAGGUGAGCGUGGAAGUGAGUGUGGAGGUGAGAGUGGAGCCGAGCGAGGAGGUGAGCGAGGAGGUGAGUGUGGAGCCGAGCAUGGAGGUGAGUGUGGAGGUAAGUGUGGAGGUGAGCGAGGAGGUGAGCGAGGAGGUGAGUGUGGAGCCGAGCGUGGAGGUGAGUGUGGAGGUAAGUGUGGAGGUGAGCAAGGAGGUGAGCGAGGAGGUGAGUGUGGAGCCGAGCAUGGAGGUGAGUGUGGAGGUGAGUGUGGAAGUGAGUGUGGAGCCGAGCAUGGAAGUGAGUGUGGAGGUGAGUGUGGAGGUGAGCGAGGAGGUGAGUGUGGAGGUGAGCAUGGAAGUGAGUGUGGAGGUGAGUGUGGAGGUGAGCGAGGAGUUUUUCCUCGUGGUGGCGAACUCCAGGGAGGCGGAGCCUGAGCUGUCAGUCAUCUAUCGGUGGAAUCAGCGGCGGCGGCGUUUCCUCCGUCACCAAACGCUUCAGACUCACUCGGCUCUGGACUGGGAGGCGUUUCACAUCCACAACCAAAGCUUCCUGGUGGUGGCCAAUCACAGACAAGCCAGAGACUCGAACCACAACAUCCACAGUGUGAUUUACAGGUGGAACCCAAACACAAAGCUCUUUGAGGUGAACCAGACUCUGUCCACGUCCGGGGCGUAUGAUUGGGAGUUCUUCACUGUUGGACCGUACCACUUCUUGGUGGUCGCUAACACCUUCGACGGUCAGACGACCACCAUCAGCUCCACCGUCUACGUCUGGGUGGACGGAUGUUUCCAGACCUUCCAGAACAUUCCGACGGUCGGAGCGACGGACUGGGAGACGUUUCAGAUCGACGGCAGGUUCUUUCUGGUUGUGGCCAACAGUCAGAGGGUUUCAGAGCAGGGCCCGAGUCUGUACAGCAUCAACUCCACCGUGUACGAACUCAACACCUUCACACAGACCUUCAUCCGCUUCCAGGACAUCCUCACACACAGCGCUGUGGACUGGGAGUUCUUCACCAUCGGAGAGGAGAAGUUUUUGGUCGUGGCCAAUUCUCACGAUGGCAGCUCGUACUCUCUGAACAGUGUCGUCUACAGGUGGCAGGGUUACGAGGGCUUCGUUCCCAUCCACAGUCUGCCCACGUUCGGUUGCAGAGACUGGGAACACUUCAGCACUGAUGAAGGCUCCUUCCUCGUCUACUCCAGCGCCACCUCCAGGCUCAGCAAGGUGUUCAAACUCAGGACUUACUGAAUCAAACCACUUGAAUCCACGUUGUCUUCAGAUCUGAGUGAAGUCUUCAGAGUUCAGCAGGUGACAUGGUGUCAGGGCUCAAAAUAAUGAAUAAACUUAAUGUAUGUAUUUAACACUUUUCUUAAGCUGUUUAAUCAAAAGUCGUUUAAGCUCAGCUGAUAGAAACCAAACAGGCUGGUUUUCUUCAUGUGUAGCCAAAUGGACUCCAUUAGCAGUUAGCUGUAGUAGCUGUUAGCAGCUCCUGUUCGUGGUGUACUCGUGGAUGUUCGGACUUGAUACUGAAGAAAAGUCAAACAUGGAGACUGCAGCUUUCUGGACGAACAUCAGAGAUAACGAGAUGAGAAAGCGCUGUACUUCACCUCCUGCAGUAACUUUGCCUCCUCGCAUGAUAUCAUUCAAGCUACGUCACCUUCAGGAGGCUAACUACUGUCACCGUGAAACUUCCCAGGCUCAAACAGAAACCCAAAGAUCCGGACCAGAAUCUGAGCCGGUGGAAACAGACACUGAGCAUCAGGGUGGAGUUGUCUCACUUUCUGCCCUCCAGUGUAACGAUCCAGGAGCUCGUCACGAAAAGGUCACUGAGGUGGAAAUAAAGGACGCACGCAACGUGUCUCAUACAGAGCUGCUCGGAAGUUUGUGAACCCGACAGCCAUGGAAAAAAUACUAAAAUAACUUUGUUUAAUGUUUUUUUCAACAGAAAUAUUCUGUUACUAUGUUAUUAGGGUCGAUUCUCAAAGAGACAACUUUAUUUAAUGUUAAGUUACACCCCAAUUCACAAUCCUGAUGUUCCGAAUAAUAGGCUCACACUAAAGAAAUGGUUAUAUUGUCAUUCUUUAUUUAAAAAAAAAAAGUGGUUUAUUUAAUAACAAAGUUUGUGAACCCCUUCAGUCAAUGCAACUCCUAACCUCAACCAAACUCUGCAGUGACUCCUCAGUCUCGUCUUCUCUGGAGGAUAUUUGUCAUUACCAACGUUCUCGUGUCUCGUGUUAAUAUUUUAGAAGGUCGUCCACUUCUCGGCAGAGUUGUCGUCUUUGUCAGUGUUCUCCAUUUGUAGGUGAUCUGCCUCACGAUGGAACAAUGAAGCUGCAUAGCUCCCCCCAGACAAACUUCCUCUCUGCAUGAUUGACCUGUAUGGGUUCACCCGGGUAAGACUAAAGUGACCUGGGUUCAUCUCUGAUGUCUUUGGUCCAUUUCAGUGGUUCCAGUUUGUCCCACCUGAUUCUGCUUAGCUGCUUGUUGUGACCAAUGCAGCUCAGGGUUCACGAACUGUUUUAUUUAGCCGUGACUGCACAGCUGACUGUUUUAAAGAGUAUAUUGAACUGAUGGACCUGCAGCCGUUCUUUCAUAUAAACAUGCUGGUUCUGAUUAAAUAAAGAAAUCAGGCUGAAACAAUAGAAACUGGAUCUGAGCUGACAGUGACCUGAAACACGCGUUAGCUCGUCAGGUGGUGUUUGUUGACGUAAAAACAUCAAACAAGGUGAAGAAGAGUCACGUGAAGCUCAAGACGUAUUUUCAAAAUAAGUGUACACUUUAUUUUGAAAAGCAGAAGUGACUGAAUUAUUCUUUAUUAUUAUUAUUUAAUGUUUGAAACUAGAAGAAAUGAAAUAACUUUUGUGUAAAUACCUGAUAAGCUAAACCAAAGGUCAGCGUGUCUGUUGUUGUUUAUCAAUCAGCUGUUUUCAGAUUUAUUAUGACAACAAUCAUCAGUCAUUUAUUAUUUCUGUGUUUGCUCGUAAAUCUUUAAUGACUUCAGGAAACACAUGUUUAAAUAUAUCAAUGAUUAUCUGUUUGACAUUAUUUUGAAAUAUUUCUGUUUUUUCAUUUCCGGUUUUGUUUUAUUUUGACGUUUUAAACUUUAAAGUUUUGAAUAAAAUGAGUAACUGGAUACUUUUACUAGAGUGUCUGAGAAGAUGAGUCCACAGGGAGCACACGCUGAGAAAGAGGGACAGGUGAGCAGGAGUCAGGUGACACCUG